GGGAGGCGCGCCUAGCUUGCGUCUCCUCCUCCUCCUCCCCUCCGAGCGCGCUCGGGUUGGGGUGUCUGGUACGAGAAGCGGGCAGAAGAGCAGCAGCAGCAGCAGCCGCCGCGGCCCCUUUCGCCUCUCCUUGCGGACCUGCGCUCGAUCGAGGAAGGCUCUGCUUCGGCUCCCGGCGAGAAGGAUCUCGCCAUGACCGCGUCCCUGAAGGAGAGGUUCGACAAGUUCCUGCACGAGAAGAACUGCUUGACGAAUGUCUUGGAGAAGAUCGAGAACAAGACGGGCGUGAGCCGGUCCUACCUCGCCGUCGCCAUUUUGGCUGUGCUGGCCAUCUAUCUGGUGAUUGGCUAUGGAGCAUCCCUCCUUUGCAAUCUGAUCGGGUUUGCCUAUCCUGCAUACAUCUCCAUCAAGGCUAUUGAAAGCCCUAAUAAAGAUGAUGACACACAGUGGCUGACCUACUGGGUGGUAUAUGGCAUCUUCAGCAUAGCAGAAUUUUUCUCUGACAUCUUUCUUUCCUGGUUCCCUUUCUACUACAUGAUGAAGUGUGGCUUUCUGAUAUGGUGCAUGGCUCCAAGUCCCUCAAAUGGAGCCGAGUUUCUUUAUAACAGAAUUAUUCGCCCAGUCUUCUUAAAGCAUGAGAGUAAAAUGGACAGUGUAGUCAAGGAUAUCAAAGACAAAGCUGCAGAGACGGCAGACACUUUUGCUAAAGAAGCUAAAAAAGCAACAAUAAACCUCCUGGGUGACGAAAAGAAGAGCACCUAAAACAGUUAACUGGAAGAUACAUUUCCUCAUCACUUCCCUUACAUGGCUUGAUUUUCCUGGGGACUGUGAUAUAGUAAUUGAAUAAUGUUGCCUUGUAAACAUUUUUUAAUUUUAUCAAAGGAAUGUGUUGUAAGAUUGCUUGCCUUUCUUUGCAGGUCUCUAUACUGAGAGUAAGCAUUUUUAUUUAAAACCAUCGGUGGCAUCUUAAGCUUGUACAGAUCAGUUUACUCAUCUCUUAAUCUGAAAAAGGACUUUAAUGUCUUAUCUUGCCAUUAACAUAAAUUUCAAAUAAAAUAUGCCAUAGGCUUUCACUAUUAA